AUUCUUUCUAGCGUCAUCAUCGGAUUUUCCUCCUCCGCGGAAUUUGCCAUCUCAGUUGCAACUCCCCUUCACACCCACGUAGUAACUUAUAGUUUCCAGAGACGACGGACCGCACCAUAAGCAUUAUCUCCGUCUUCUUGCGACAAUCAACUUCCAGAACUCUGGUCCUUAGCCAUGCCUCGUCGAUCGUCUCGGCCCGUUCCCGCGGCAGCCGCAGCUCCAGAAGCCGCGCCAAAAAGGCGCGUGUCCGCCAGACUCUCCGAAGCAUCCAGAACGGAGCCCAAGAGACAAAAGUUCGAUACCGAGCCUGCUCAGAAGCUGGUCAAAUCCACCACGAAAAAGAGCAAAUAUUUCCAAGAGGAGCCGUCUGAAGAUCCGGAGCUUGACUCCAAAGAGGCAGCUGCGCCGAAAAUCCUCGACUACGAGGACACCGACACAAGCGUCCCCACAUCUUCCGACUCCGGCUCAGACUUCGCUGAAGAAGCAUCGCCAUCAGCCCCGAGCGAUGAGGAGCUUGAGUCUGAAGAAGAGGAGUAUAGCCCUGCGCCUAAACGCCGCCAGAGCCGCGGAAAGCAAUCUAGCACCGCUGGCUCGAGAAUACAUGGGCCAAAUAGUGCGGAAGAAGACACGACUGUGACAUUGGCCGGCAAAGAGCUAUGGAGAGAAGGGGUAAAAACCGGCCUUGGGCCAGGAAAAGAAGUGUUCAUCAAGAAGCCCAAGGCCAGAGACCCUGGCGCUGUAGCUUACAAAGAUAAUGUUCUGCAUCCCAACACUAUUCUCUUUCUCCAAGACUUGGCAAAGAACAAUGACAGGCAAUGGCUGAAAGCACAUGACGCGGACUACCGCGCUGCCAAAAAGGACUGGGAAACCUUUGUCGAGACUCUCACAGAGCAGAUCAUAGAUCAGGACGGCACAAUCCCCGAAUUGCCUGUCAAGGAUCUUGUCUUUCGCAUACACAGAGACAUCAGGUUCAGCAAAAACCCUCUUCCGUACAAGACGCACUUUUCAGCAGCUUGGUCCCGCACCGGCAAGAAGGGCCCUUACGCUGCAUACUACGUCCACUGCCAACCAGGGGCAAGUUUCGUCGGUUCGGGCCUUUGGGCGCCAGAGGCCGAUGGACUGGCUCGUCUUCGACAGGAUAUCGAUCGCCGUUCUCAUCGCCUCAAGAAAAUUCUGAGAGCGCCAAAAAUGCGUCAAGAAAUAUUCAAGGGCAUCCCGGAUGAUGAUGAGAAAGCUGUAGAAGCCUUUGUUAGCCACAACAAGGAGAGCGCUCUCAAGACCAAGCCCAAGGGCUACGAUGCCGAUAAUGAGAAUAUCCAGUUGCUCCGUCUGCGCAGUUUCACCAUCGGCAGGCCUCUCUCGGAUGAGGAGUUGCUAAGUCCGAAUGCCCAGGACAGGAUUGCAGCACUGGUUGAAAUCAUGGAGCCCUUCGUUACGUAUCUCAACAGCGUCGUCAUGCCUGAUGCGAUGGAGGAGGAUAUCGAUACCGAUUCAGAGGCUUCGGAAGACUGAAGCUCUAGACAACACCAAGCACGACUCGAACUCUUAUCUUUCAGAUCAGGUCUGUGGUUUCAUGUUUUCUAGUAUAAUGAUUCCUCGCUAUAUGUAUCUCCUCGUCUCGCGCGUACUUUCUUCCGGUGUUUGAGGGCUAGUCGGUCAAGAUUUUCACGUGUUUUUGAAAGUGUCGGGGCGCCCUGCAUACUGUAAUCCGCCUAGUGGGCAUCGCUCACGUCCUGUAUGUUUGCCACAACGGGCAUUUUUGCCUGAGAUUGGACUUGUCGAGCG